GUAAAUAUUCUUUAUUUUGGCCAAUGAUGAAGUGCAACAUAUUGCGGUAGCUUAGAUUUUUUGUCGCAAGACGCGGGAGAAUUCAAAAACAUGUCCGCCAUCUUGGCUGGGUAAUCGGAAACUUAUCAAAAUCUUCCUAAGGAAGGUCUCAUUUUAUAGGGACCCCCCGCGUUUAAGGCAAUUUCUACGAGAUCUCAAUUGGGACAUAAUCAGUGUGCCGUUCUCAUUGACAUUACGAAGUUAUGAAGAUCACUCAAGUUCAUUUGAACGAUUGGUUCAAGUCUUGGUGAAUACAGCGCGUUUGCGACAAAUAAAAUUGAUUAAACUGCAUUUCAUUCGCGUCACUGAGGCUUAGUUCAAAAGCUCUGUCCUGCUACACCACUCUAGCACAGCAGUGAGGGCUCAGACUGACGUCAUCGUGCUAAUGCCGUAUCAAACUAAAUCCUUCGGAUAUGUGUUUUCGCGAGAUUUGAAUUCCGCCGCCACUUUUUUAUUCAAUUAUCACUGACCUGAUGCUACGUACACACGUAUAAUUUGUGUUGCUUCUCUUAGGAGCAAGGGUGGCACAUUUGCUUAGUAUGCGGCCUUCGGUGCUCGGGAUCCCGAGUUCUAUCCCUGGUGACAUCACAUCCUUGUAUCAACUUCUCUCCUUUCUGUGUAGCUUUGACUAGCUUUGAUACCUUUAAAACGGAGCAUUGACGAAAAGAGGGGAGUAAAAUGAGCGUCGACCUCAAGUUUGUAAGUUAACCUGUCACCUGUUAUCGACGUAAAAUAGUGGUUGCUUUAUCUUUUACCUUCUGUAGAACCUAUAAUAAUUAUUAUUAACUAAGGCACUUAAGAACCACGAUAUAUGAAGAGGGCUAAAGAAUUUGAGUAGGAAGGGAAGCUUUACGACUCGUGCUAGCCAUGGCAUUUAUGAAAACCCGCGAGAAGGCGGUAGAUUUUUGUGUCUAGUUAAAAGGCUCCUUCAUUUUCAUUUAUUUAGACGCAGAUCAAAAGGCAGUGGGUUUGAGUGAACAAUGUUACAAGACAGCGAUUUAUUCAAAAGUUGUUAUCGGUGACCCGAGAAAGCAGGUAAAGCCAUUAAACUUUUAUAUCUUAAAUUUGUGGUUCUUAGUUUGCCAAACUGAUUCCCAUACCCACUUUUAAGUUUCGAUAAAUUUAUUAAACUCUGUUAUUGUAAGUUGCAUGUUGGGCCAGCCGCCAGAUUUGUAAAAAACUGCUGCGAGCGGGAACCCGGUACAGUCACUAAUCUCCUGAACGAUUUGAAAUGGAACUCAGUAGAACUGAGACGCAAAAUUGCACGACUUGCCACCAUGUACAAAAAAGUGAACAAUAAAACAAAGGUCAAUAUUCCGGAGUACAUUGCACGCCCAACCGGUGUUAAACGCUCUUACCAUAGCAGCAAGUUUAUAAACAUUGGUAGUAACAGCAACACCUGUAAGUACAAUUUUUGUUACUAGAACUCUAAAAGAAUGGAACACUUUACCUUCCUUUUUAUUAGAUCAGCCUUCCAUGGACGCAUUUAAAUCUGCUGUUACUAAUUAUUUUAAUCUCCCUCAUUGA